AUGUUCUACCCACGUACCAAUCUCGUCAUCGCCACUCUCGCGCUCUCCGGGCUGGCCGCUCCUUUGUCGCCUAGACAGGACCAGAACCAGGGCCAACCCAUCAGUGUCGGCAUUCACGCAAACCGCUCAGCCCCUGCCUCUGAGGUAUUCGGAACAACUUUCGAUAAACCGAACUUUACCACUCUGCCAACAGGGUUGGCAACCACAGAAAUUGCUAAUUGUUCAACAAGCUCUGGAUCUGUGUCCAAGAGCGAAAAGGAUCGUCGUGUCGAUCUCAAAUUGACCGAUUGUUCUGGACUGUAA